AUGGCUCGUCGUUAUGAUAGUCGUACGACUAUCUUCUCUCCAGAAGGUCGUCUUUAUCAAGUCGAAUAUGCGAUGGAAGCAAUUUCUCAUGCUGGUACAUGUUUGGGAAUUCUCGCCUCCGAUGGUAUUAUAAUCGCAGCAGAGAAGAGAAAUGUGCACAAACUUUUGGAUGAUACUGUUUUGGCUGAGAAAAUCUAUCGAUUAUCCGAUAAUAUUUCGUGUACAGUUGCCGGAAUUACAGCUGAUGCCAACAUUCUUAUUAAUCAUUUGAGAUGGUGGGCUGCCAGUUAUCGCAAUGAUUUUGGAGAAGAAAUGCCGGUCGAACAAUUGGUUCAAACAUUGUGCAAUGAAAAGCAGAGAUAUACCCAAAUCGGAGGAAAAAGACCGUUCGGAGUAUCAUUGUUGUAUGUUGGCUGGGACAAACAUUAUGGUUUCCAACUUUAUCAAUCUGAUCCAUCAGGAAACUACACCGGAUGGAAAGCAACUUGCAUCGGAAAUAAUCAUCAGGUAAAUAAAUUCACACAAUCUUGAAACUCUUACAUAUUCAUUAUUUCAGGCUGCUGUUUCAUUGUUGAAACAAGAAUACAAAUCACCAAAUUUGGAAGAAGCCAAAAAGUUGGCUAUCAAAGUUUUGUGGAAGACAUUGGACGUUAAAUUGGCUUCAGAAAAAGUCGAAAUGGCUGUUUUGACUCGCCGUGAUGGAAAAACAGUUCUCGAAGAAUUGUCAACCAAAGAAGUUGAUCAAUUGAUUUCAGAACACGAAAAGAAAGAAAAGGAAGCUGAAACAUCAGAAAAGAAGUAA